CCCGGAUAAGGAUACUGAGAAGAAAGAGAAACUCAAUGCUUCUAAGAAGGCAGAUCAUUCUGGUCGUAGCACGCCUCGCGAGGAGGAGGACAUCGCAGAGCAGUCGAAACCACGCUCACGGGCUAUCUCUCUAUCCGCUAGUAUUCCAGGGCUUGCUGGACCAGCUGCUCAAGACACAACAUCAACGGGUGGUGUGGCUUCUGAUGUAAGAACCUGCCACGAGGAUCACUCUGAGCAAGAACCUGCCACGAUCACUCUGCCACUUGGAACAGGAAACGCAUCUUCGUCAGGUACUUCACACAGCAAAAGGUUGUACACGUCAUCCCCUUUUUGAAGUGAAAUAUAUAAGUGAAUGGACUUCUUGUUAUUAAAAAUAGAAUAAGAGACCUUGCUAUUUUUAGUACUAGAAGGUUCACAUUCAUCAUGUAGUAAGUAGUUAUGACUAUGAGCUCCUUCCUUUUUUUCUUCCUUCUAUCAUCGUGACACACGACACACACACACACACACACACGCAGGUCCCCGCGCUCUUGGAACGCCUUCGGUGAUGUCUUCCGAUGGGACGCCACGUGCAAAGAACGAGGAAUAUUUCUCGCAAUUGCAGAACGAACUCAAUUUUGCGUUGAGUUGAUACUAUUCGCGGUUCGAAUCAUGACCUGGUCCUGGUCGACCGAAGGAGGAAUCUAAAGUCAACCUUGUUUACGAGUACUUGUAUGCUGAAAAUGUGAAGAACCUCAAUGGUGCUGCAUUUCCCCUAAAAAUGUAGGCACGACCUAUAUAAUUCUAGGUGUACUACCAGCGGAGCAUCAUAGCGAAGUAAGCUCAACAUCGAGAAUAGCCUCAACAUCGAGAGGUUCUUACCACUCGUUCGUCUCUGAAAACUGGUUUCCCAAGUACCUGGUAUACGGACUGUUACUCAUUAACAAGUGAUAUCCCAAAGCCCAAACUCGUUAACAAGUGAUAUUGAUAUCCCAAGAACUGUAUUUGCUACCCACUAGAAAUACCAAAGAUCCUGUGCAACAUAGUUCUUCUGCAAAGCAAGUACAAAACGUGGACACUCUUCCACGAAUGCUAAAAAGACCAUGAUGUGCUAAGAGCUUAGUCCAGGAGUGCUAAGAUGAGCACAUCUAAGACCUAUGCCCGUCCCUGGAAACACGUCUAUUAUAUAACUUGUUAUUUCUUCUAUCUACUUACUUAUACAAUUUUCUUUUAGUACUAAAAGGCAGGAUUAAGCCAAUUGUCUCUGAAAGGUCCCUUCCCACUACAAACAUUUUUAGAAGUGUGUUGUUAUGACUUUCUCUCCUUUUUAGCUACAACUAGGAAGUACUAGCUUCUUAUGAUAUUCUUUUUCAGAAUCAUUCUUCAGAUUAUGAUGACCUAAUCAUAUGUAGUAUCCCACCUCGACGAUUUACAGACUUAAGUGGAAGAUGAAAAGUGUAGAAUUUGCUUUGUCGUCUUGUCUUUCUUGUUCUAUCUUAAGUCUUAAAUGUUCAGUGUCGCUUUUUAACUAACUUAUUUUUCUUUUUCCUUCGUUUAUUUUCAAAAUGUACCAGGUAUCUCAUUAACUGUAUCUCGCUUCUCUUAGUGAUGUUGUUUUAUUUCUUAAUAAGCAACCCCAUGAUCGAGAUCGUCUUCGUCCUAUGAAAGUCCUAUCCUGCUAUUCCUAUCAAGAUUUGACUUCUCGAGCUCGAAUGUCGGCAGUCUCACCAUGAAGACAAACAUAGAUGAACGAAGUAUAGGUAGAAUUAGGUGCUGACGGAGCACAGGACACCGCCAGGGAAAUGUUGGGCGAGCAACUGAAUAGACUCUAGCACACUUUCAUCUUUUCUGGCUCUUCAAUGGCCUCGUCGAACGCUCAUCUCCUCGCAGGUGAGCCCACUCCUAUCCUGUCCUACUCAAAUUCUCAGGUGGCGGAGCACGGCUAUAGGUUUGUAGCCUCUGUAGUCGUGAGCGCUCAUCUCUUCGUAGCUGAUCCCACCUCUUCGUAGCUUAUCCUAAUGAAGUACUGCCUCUAAUAAAGGAAGGAAGAAGCAAAGGCAAAAGAGGGGUUGAGUCUGUACUUAUUUCUCUGGAUGAUUGUCUGAAGUGGAGAGCGAAGUCGGCGCUCCAAACUCAGAUUCACAAGGCAGCCAUCUACAUCCUGAUAAUGAUAGUUUACAACUAGUAAGUAUCUUCGACGAAAGUAGAUGGCUCCUCCACCCCAGACGCGUAGCAACCCUACGUACACCACCACUAUGCACUUAUUUGAAGACUAUUUUAGGACAUGCUCCGGCCCUACACUUUGCCCCAAAGGAGUGCUGAGUGACGGCCACCUGCGCGGGGCUACUGUGAACAAGUGAGUACGUUUUCGUCCUUUAUAAUAGAAGUAUUUAUUUUUUCUUUUAUUUCGAUUUUUUUUUCGUCGUUGUUCUAAAACGACCCCCUCAUCUGCAUCCUAAUCCAUCAUCCGCGCCCGGGCGACCAUGUAAACGAGUUUUUUUGUUAAAAAACACCCUCAACCUUCUUUUCGAUGUCGCAAUUGAGAGUAAAAAAAGAUAAAUCAUGACAACAAUUACUUAUAUGUCAAAUCUGACUUCUUGAAAGAGGAUGCUGUGCUAUGUAGCCGACUAAUAUUAAAUAACAUGAAAUUGUAUGAAGAAGAACAAAGAUUAUUAUUAUAACUUAACCCAGGUACUACUAGGAGCUUGCCCUAGAUGAUCAUGAAAAUGAGUUUGAGGCUGGGCAGUUGGUGUGGGAGUCGACCUCGAAGGCGGCUGCCAUUUUGUCUCUACGGUGGCCACGGAUGGCCAUAUCAGAGGCACUCACAUGACAAGUGUACUCAGGAGAAGUGAACGAAUCCUAGUCAAUUGCAUACUACAUAAUGAAUACUAUGUGAUUUAGCUUGUUUUCAGUCUACUGCGACGUAUCUUCUUCUUCAUUCUGCACGGUGUUCUUAUGUUAUAUAUCGUGAAGUAUAAUUUGACACCCGUUCUUGGGUACAAAUAUAAACAAGGGGUCGAUAAGCUCAAACAAGGGUGGCGGUUCUAUCAUGGAGGUAUUUGCCACUCUGGAAGGCUAGGAUUUCCUACUCUGGGAGGAUAGGAUUUCCUACUCUGGGAAGGUAUAAUUUGCUUUUUUACUAGGGAAAAAACCUUCAUUAGAUGACGUGCUUCUAAAGCUAAUGAACUUUCGACGGCCUGAAGUGAACAACAAAAUCAACUGUCGACGUUCUUACUUAGUCACAUGCAUCAUCUUAUUUUCGCAGGUGGUUUGAGUAUUUUUUUAGAUUUAAGACGAGUAUUUAGACUUAUGAUUGCAUAAGGUCUUCAGAUGGUUUCGGAAGAAUACUAUCAGCCCAGGGUCGUGAUCGCCAGGAUCAAAAAA